AUGAAUAUCACAAUGGAAGAUAUUCCUAUUAAUCUUGAUUGGACCCGUCUAGAUAUUUUGGCUGUUGUUUGUGAACAUGUUCUUGAUAAAGAAAAAGAAGCAGAAACUGCAAUGCACCAAGCGGAGAGACAGGAACCAUUUAACCAACAAAUAUUAUUGAUGAAAGAAAAAAAGCUCAAGGAUCAAGGUAAAGCACGAAUAAUAUCAAGAAGAAGAGAAGAAGAAAAAUAUCGUAUUGUUGGAAAAAAGAGGAAUUUCAAGAGGACAAAAUCUGAAACAGGGGAAAUCCUCCCAAUGCCCCAAAUUGUCAAGAAUCGAAUCAAUCAGUUGGAGAAAGAUGUAAAAGAGGUGAAAUUGAUAAUCGAAAAGGAAAUAUACAAAACGGAUGCUAGUGAACCUCAUAACCGUCUCUCCAUACCAACAACACAAAUCCUGGAGAAAUUUCUAACAGAUGAAGAAGAAGAGUAUCUUUGUAUGUAUAGUAAUGACAACAGAAGGAACUUGAAGAAAGUACGAGUGAUUGAUCCGUCCCUCGAUAUUGACGAAUUGGAAUUAAGGAGAUGGGAGAUGAAUAUGAGUGCAAGUUAUGUGUUGAAUGGGAAGUGGACUAAAAUGCGUAUCCGUAAUAAAAUCAAAAAAGGCGAUAGGAUUCAAAUCUGGGCUGUUCGAAUGGAUGAUGACGAAUUAAUUAUUGUUAUUGUGAAGCUUUCUCCCGAUGAAGAAGAAGAAGACGAUGAUGAAGUUACAAUACAAGAAGCUAAUAUUGAAGAGCAAAAAGAUAGUAAUUGUAUAAACAAUCUUGCUCAUUAG